AUGAAGAGCGAAUUGUACAUCAAAGAAAGAAAAAAACUCUUUGGAGGACUCCCGCGGAUCCUUGAUCAAGAGCUGAGACAUUUGGAUAACAAGGAUGGUGAAUGGCAAGAUAUGAAGCAACAGGCUUCCCUGGAAAGUUGUAUGAAUAUGUUGUCUGAGACUAGCUUCAUUUCUGAAUUCAACAUAAAUGUCGGUGUUAUGGACGCUUGGCCUUUCUACUACAAUGAGGAUAGUGCCAAUAAGGGAAUGGCUGCUUCGGAAGAUGAGAAAAGACUUCAGCAGGUCUUGCUUAAAUCAGUGUUGCGUAAGGAUGAUAAAGAUGAAAUGGUGAUAUUUUGGAGGCAGGAGAGGAUUUACUAUCUUCUUGCUUAUUAUCCGAGAUUUUAUUAUUUAUUUGGAGUUAUAACAGGAAGUCUUGAUGGGAUUUCAUCCUCCAAUGGUAGGAAUUCUGUAAACUCAAAUGAUACAAAAUGGUCAUGCAAUUUAUUGGCAUGUUUUGGCACUUUUAUAGUUAUUCCUUCUACUUCUUCAUCUUCAGCUAUUCCUUCUUCUUGUCUUUCAACUCUUACUUGUUCAGAUUCUUCUUCUAAAAUGCCCCCUCCUUCAAGGAUUCCGGUAGAUUUUAGUCCACCACUAAUCGCCAUGGUUGUUAUUGUAAUCACAGCUUUUGUAAUCGUUACUUACUUCCGCUUAAUCUCACGUCAUUUACUUCCUCCAAUAAUUCAUCUUCUUCGUAAAUGGAGAAUCCGUUGGCGAUUAUAUCGCCAUCGUCGGAGAUCUUAUAAUCCUUCAACUGGAGAAGAUAUUGAAUCAUCAUUUUCACCUCCAUCAGAUUCUGCUUUUCAUUACUUAUCAUCGUAUGGUCUUGACGAUUCUCUAAUCAAAACUAUUCCUCUUUCAAUUUAUUCAGCAAAAACAAAAACCAAAUCCGUUCUUGAUUGUGCUGUUUGUCUUCUUGAAUUUGAAGAAAAUGAUUACAUUCGAACACUUCCGAUUUGUUCACAUUCUUUUCAUGUUGAUUGCAUUGAUAUUUGGCUUAGAUCUCAUGCUAAUUUUCCUCUUUGCCGUGGUGGAAUUUUUCCACCGCAACAGCUUAAUUCAUCAUCGCCUUUUAUUCCAUUAAUGGCUUCAAGAAUCAGACCUAGAAUCGAAGAUAUUGAUAUUCUUGAAAGUAUUCUUUCCGGAUCAAGAAAUUAUGAAAAUUCAAACUCAUCUGUUUGUGAAAUUCGAAAUGAUUCUUUUGAUCAUCAUUGUCGUCGAGAUUCAGCGAUGUCACCUGGUAGAAUCAUUAACGAAAUCGACUUUAAUUCAAACAGUAAUAAUAACCGAAACUUCUUAUUAAAACGAUCUUAUUCGUUUGGGUUCGAGAGGAAUUUGUUACCGUCUUCUGAUAAUCGGUUACUUAGUGAAACAUCCACAACAUCAUCACCGUGGAGAAGAAGUUCCUGGAGUAAAAGAACAACAUCACCGUUUAGUUGUACAACAGUUUCAUCGAAAUCUAGAGUUUUCUCAUUACGUUACUACAGAGGAGGAAUUAAAUCACCGUUCUUCCGACGGAGUCGAGGAUCGUCGUCGUUCUUUCCUCUAUCAGAAUCUAACUUCCGGUACGGCGGCGGUGGAGGUGGAUAUUCUUCGCGGCGGAGUAAAUCGAUGACGAGUCCGUUUUUCAUGAGAUCGUCGGCGGCUCAGCCAUCGAGUCGGUUGAGAUGCGGUGAUCCGGAAGCUCUGUUAUCACCGGAGAGAUUGAGUAGACGGUAG